GAAUAAGAAGGAUUAUUUUCACGCCUGGGCAAUCCUCGAACUUGAAUCUUCUCAUGGAUUUAUAAUGACCAAUGUGAAAGCGUUCAUCUUAACACUCCUCGUCGUCUCAGUUGCUGUGACACUGUGUUCAGGAGAAAAUGCAGAUUAUCCGGAAAAUGAUAUUUUCGCAGAAGGAAACUCUACAGUUGCUACAAUUUUAAAAAGCUGGGAUCUCGCUUUUCGCUUGAGCCCCAGUGAGGAUUAUGUAUCCUGGGCGGCUUGGGAGACGUCGAAAAACGGAUUCUCUUCGUUGCUCAAUAAAUUGUCGGAUCACGAGAUAAGCGCUACGGUUGACAAGGACUUGCAAAAUUUGACAAAAUGGAAAGAUGCUUUAAGAGACAGUUUCAGCCCUGCGUUCCAUACGGACGAUAAUAAUCACAAUUUUUCGUUAUGCAUCACGGACCCUCUUGGUAAAAAGCUUUGCACAGAAAUAACUACCAUUAAGGACAACUACACAUUGACCGUCACUACCAAGAUAGACGAUAAGGUGCAAACCAGCCAAAAUAUCGAAGUUUUCAACCCUUUGGCGUUCUGUCUCACCGUCCCGGACUUGACAGAGAACAGGUACUGCUUGAUGACUUACAAUAUAAAUUACACCAAGGACGACUUCAAUGGAUGUCUCCGAGUCGAUUACCACGUUUGGUACGAACGAUUUGAUUUUCCGACCGUGUGCGUCACAAAAGAAGAUGGGAAGUACAACUAUGAGAAGAAGGAACUGCCAGAAAAAGCCAAAAAAUCAAAACUCUUCCAUGAAUCUCCUCUGCCAACAUCAAAAAGGCAGUAACUUUUUUUUCUUUCAAUUGUAAAAGAACUCUCUUAUCAUUUUUCUUUCAAUGUCAGAG